UGUUAGACAGUAGGCAUUCUGUUCUAGUCUGUUUAGUUGGAUCAGCACGGUAUUGGUUUCUAUUUCAUUCACGGAUAUUCGGGGGUUAGUGGUGCCCAAAGCAGGGAACCACGCCGUUUCUCUGGGCGUUCUUUACCCACGGUAGAAUCUCACAUCAAUGAGAACCGAAGCCACCACCCUUUCUUAUAGUUCAGAGCAUGAGAAGUAGUGGCCAAGCUGUAGGGUGGGGUGCACCAUGCAUGACGUUCUGCUAGCUUACAGAGGAAAGGAGUCAGCAGAUAGCCACUCUGUGGGAGGAACCGGUACCGCUUGGAUAACUUGUCGAAACUUAAUUGGGACAAGAAACAAAAGCAGAGCCGAGAAGCUGCGUUUCACCGUUGGGUCUGUAUAAUAACAUCGAAGCAAUAUGUACAAAAAAGGCUAGUUAUGAUCUGCUCUGCUGUCAGAAUCUUACUCCUGCUGUUUACGGGUUUGAUGUGUUAUAUAAACGAACAAGAAAACUGUACUGGUCCAUUCGGCCUCUGCUAGUUGGAAUAUAGACGUUCGGCCAUUUUUAAAGUGUCAUCAGAAUUACUACAAUUUGAAUUAUUAGAUACUUAGAAUUUGGACUGCUUCUUGAUUUGGUGAAAACUUCCUGUAUUUGUGAGAUCAUCGACACAUCCUCUCAGGGGCUCGUGUGUUUUGUGCCAUCAUGUCUUACCCUUCAGCACCACCAAGCUAUGAUGAGACUACACGUGGAGCUGCACCAUACCCAACACAGCCUGGAGGGUAUCCACAGCCUGGAGGGUUUCCACAGCCUGGGGGUUACCCACAGCCUGGAGGGUAUCCACAGCCUGGGGGUUACCCGCAGCCUGGAGGGUUUCCACUGCCUGGGGGUUUCCCAGUACCUGGAGGCCCCCCAGGACCACACCAGCCGAUGCCUGCGAUGCCACCACUGCCUGUGAUUCCUCCAACAGUACCGCUUAAUCCAGGGGGUAGAGAUAACUAUGGCAGCCCCGAGUCUGACAUGGAAGGUUUUACUUCAAACUCCUGGGAUGACAAGAAGGUUCGCCAUACCUUUAUACGAAAGGUUUACUUGAUUAUUGCUGCCCAGUUGGCCGUAACUGUUGGAUUUGUAGCGCUCUUCACUUUCUGCUCCCCAGUGCAGACAUUUGUUUCCAGGACUCCUGCUAUGUAUUAUGUCUCCUAUGCAGUGUUCCUAGUAACAUACAUUGUCCUGGUUUGCUGUGAAGGACCAAGGAGACGUUUCCCAUGGAACCUCAUUCUUUUAGCCAUAUUUACCCUGGCAAUGUCAUAUAUGACCGGAACAAUUGCAAGCUUCUAUAAUACAAAGUCAGUAUUUCUGUGUCUGGGUAUCACCACUCUAGUGUGUGUUGCUGUCACCGUGUUCUGCUUCCAGACAAAGGUUGAUUUCACAUCAUGCACAGGGCUGUUCUGUGUACUGGGUAUAGUGGUGUUUGUCACAGGAAUUAUCACUGCAGUAGUACUAUCCUUCAAAUAUGUUCCAUGGCUUCAUAUGCUUUACGCUGCCAUUGGAGCAAUUGCAUUUACUUUGUUUCUGGCGUAUGACACUCAACUGAUCCUGGGGAACAGAAAACACACCAUCAGCCCUGAAGAGUACAUUUAUGGGGCUCUGAAGAUCUACCUGGAUAUUGUAUACAUCUUCACAUUCCUGCUGCAGCUUGUAGGAAAGAGAUAGAAUGCUGUCUUUCAAACAUGAACUAAUUAUUUUUGAAGUAAUUUCUUCCCUACUGGAAGUUUACUUUUACUGGAAGGGAGAUGGACUUUAUAAAGGGUUUUGGGACAUUACAAUCGCAACAACUCGCACUGAAUGUGGAGUCAGAAUUUUCUAUCUCACUUAUGGAAGUACUAAUCUGUGUCAAAGGAGUGUGUCACAUCUUGUAACUUCACAAUGUCCCCAGUGGAAUAGCUGUUGCUGGGCAUGAUUAUUUCAGAUUCAGAAAACAUUUAUAAUUGAUCUGAUAGUUUUCAGUGUGCCUUUAAUGUGUCCCUAAUUGUAUUUUACCAUUCACUAUGCAUCAGAAUAUGUAUUGAAACUACAGCAGACUAGAGUGUUUCGAAGUGGUUUAUAUAUGAUGUAUCAUUUGAAAGCAGUAUAUGUUAUAGUAGCUGGUGUAUGAUAUGUAGAAGUAAUGCAGGUGGAAAAAAGCCAUCUGCUGCAGGUAAUUCAUUGUACAUAUUCACUGUUCAUUGCUCUUCUUAUGUCCAUUGCAGGAGUCUGUUCAUGUUGCUCCUUUUUUCACCAUAGGCCAGUGGUGUAAUGACUUGGACUCUGUGCCUUUAUCACAUUGCUUUACAAGUACUGUACCUUUCAUUUGACAAUAGUCUCUGGGAGUUGAUGAAUUUGCUACUGGUCUCUGGUUGCUACUUGCUGUUAUAUAUUUUUUGUACAGAACUUAGGCUGGUUUUGCCCUUCUUGAAUGUACUUACUUGAUUUUUUGGUGGUAGGACUACAUGACACAUUGAAGCAAAAAAGCCACUUUCUUUCCUUUCUUCCACUUAGGACAAAGUAUGAUGACUUACUGUAAGACUGUAUCCCUUCAAUAGAUUGUAAUUAAUACAUUAAAAGAAUUGGCUCUACUGCACUGAUGUACAUGCCACUGUAAAAGAAUAAUUUAAAUAAGCACCUACAUAGUGACUUGAACAGUUUAUUUGGAGGCAUAAAGGCCACCACACUCAUAUAUUGUGCCUCUUGCAAUUCUCUUCUCUCAUAAGCCUGUACCUUGUAGGAAAGGAGAUCCCUCCCCCCAAUUCAAAGAAUGGCUCCAUUCAUUGUGAGAUUCAACUAGAUGUGCAUUGUUGAACAUGAUACCCACAUUACAGUCUAACGGGAUAAAUUACCUGGAGUAAAUAUGCUGAUGUGACUAGUGCCCCUCCCUCACUGAUGACUGUCCUCCUUUUACAGCUAAUUACAUCCCUAAAUUACAGGGACAGAUUUAACUGUUUACAAAUUUAAGUCUUCCAUAUUCUGUGUGUGUGGCUUACACCCUUCAGUCUUCAGUGAUGGUUUGCAGCUGGUAACUGCUCUUGUGUUUUUUUUAUUUCCCAGUAAAAUUGGGGGGGGGUCCUCUAUCUUCAGUAGCGCAUUGAUGAUACUAAUCAGACCAUUCCCAUUUCUGAUGUGCUAUAUUCAGCUAUCCCAUAUCUAACUGAUGUAGGGAUGCAUGCCUGUGCUCCAAUAACCCAAUUGCCCAGUGCUGGGGCCAUUCUUUUCAGCUGCUAACAUUUCCUCCUCCUAUGCAAUUUAUUUCACUAGAGUUGUACCACUUUUCAGAUUCUGUUGCACUGUUUUCUAUUUGUGUAUUCUUGUUUCCUAAAUUACUUGUUUACAGAUUGCAAGUGGCACAUCUUUCCUGCCCAACAGAUCAUGCUAAAGGCAAUUUCUUAUUUUUUCAUAGUGGUUGAUAACUGCCUAGCUUUAUGCUGAGGGUGGGUUUCAUGUAAAUCCUAUGACUGAUGAUCCCAGUUUCACCCUCCUUGUCCAGUGUGUACUUUGAUGCAAUUUCCAGACAUUUUUAUGGCUUCCAUUUAUAAGUGUUCCACUUCUGACCACACCGUUUACAGAUUUGCCUCAGUGGCUUUUCCUCUAAGGAAGAUGAUUGCUGAAUCCUUAUGGUAGAAUUAAUUUUGAAAUGUUCAGUUCUGCUUUUUAAUGCUUUUUAACCUGUUCUAUUUACCUUUUACAUAUUUACCAUUCUUCUGUUACAAAAUGAAUAUACAGUACUUCCCUUAUUGCUUUAGGUUGGUUUGUGCACCCUGCUAACUUCUUUUCUUUCUUCCAUUUAUUUAUUUUAUUAUAGUUUGUUAUUGUACCUGAUGUGCAUGCUUUUCUUUACCAAUGUAAAAUUAUAGUAUUCUGCUGGCAUUUUGGGACAAAAGAGUUUGUCUUUUUAUUCAGUUUUGUUACUGUUCAGCUAAAUGAAUGCAUUUCUUUAGCAAUGUUUCCUUCUCCUUGCUUGUAUUUGUGGAGGUGUAUACUGGGUGUGCAUAAGAAAUAUAAAUGUGUGUGUACAUCUGCAUGUAGAUGUGCUUGCACAUAUUUUAAAUUAAUAGGCAACUAUUGACAGAUGUUUCAUUGUAAAAUGCCAGCUGGAGAAUCUCACUAGUGAACACAUAUUUCACUGAAAUACACAAUUUCAAAGUUUUUGAAAAAAGGGAAUGAACUACUAAGAACAGUUUGCAAAAGUGAACAUUAACAUUAGACCCUUCACAUACUUAGACCAAAAUGUAAUAGGUAAAGAAGGUGGCAAAUGACAGUUUCUUCCAGUACCAAACCGAAAAAGAAAAAAACAUAACACUUAAAAA